AUGAAGUUAUACAAUGGGACUGACGACCCCGAGGAUCAUGUAGCCCAUUAUAAAUUAAAGAUGGGAGCUAUUGCCAUACCAUAUGGCAUGCACGAGACAUGUAUGUGCAAAGGGUUUGGGUCUACUCUUACUGGUCCUGCUCUUCGUUGGUAUAUAAAUUUACCUAACGGCAGCAUUGCUUCUUUCGAAAAGCUAGUUGAGACGUUUAUGGUGCAGUUCUCCAGCAGCCGUAAAAUUCAUAAGUGUUCAGAUGACCUAUAUCGGUUGCCACAGCGUGUGGGGGAGUCCCUUCGUGAUUUCCUCUCCCGGUUCAACACGGAGAAGGUGUCGAUACCUUAUUGCGAUCCGGGGACCGCAAUUCAAGCGCUCCGAAGUUGCUUGCUUCCCGAUGGGGAAUUCUAUGAGGAGCUCACGAAGUGUGAUGUUAAGAGCUAUGAAGAAGCUCUAAUUAAAGCUACCGUAUUUGUUCGAUGGGAGGAAGAUGCCAGGAGAAAGCCAUCCAACCUUCCUAAGCAAGAGAAACGAGAGGACAAGCGUCCUCGGAAGGAAUCGCCUGCCAUUGGCGAACCUAGCAGCAACUGGCGCUCUCGCAGGUCCGGAGCAUCAGAUUAUGCAAAAAACUGUCCAGAGUAUCCUCUGAAAAUACAUCAAGUCGAGGCUGUACAAGUCUUGAGGAAGAUGGGUAGCGAUGUGAAAUGGCCUCCCAAGAAAGAAUCUGAAGGGUGGAAAGACCCUAAAAAGUGGUGUGACUUCCAUCAGGAUAUUGGCCAUACCACUCCUGAUUGUCGGGGCCUUAGGUAUGAGGUGGAUUACUUGCUGAAAAAAGGGAAUCUCAGAGAAUUGUUAUCUGAGCGUGCUAAGGCUAUCUGGGAAAAGAGGAAAGUUGACGACCCAGAGGCAUUACCACCGCCACCGCCAGUUACCGCUACUUAUUGCGUAAUUUCUGGAGGAUCCGAGAUUAGCGGGCUGUCCCGUACUUCUGCCAAGAAACACGAGAAGGAAGCAGCGAACCCAGCUGCUAAGCUGGCUCGAUCAGUGGGAACCUUCACUAACCAAGUGAUGGUCUUUACCGACGAUGAAGCUACUCAACUGCUACAUCCGCAUCACGAUGCUCUGGUGCUCACACUUCAGGUUGCGAACAUUAACUUGAAGCGAAUCCUGGUUGACAACGGCAGUUCGGCCAAUGUAUUGUUCUUGGCCGCCUAUAGAGGAAUGGGUCUAGAUGAGACUCUAAUAUUGCGGAAGUCCACAGCACUCAUCGGGUUCAACGGUGAGGUAAGUCACUCACUGGGAGAAGUGGUGUUACCCAUUUAUGCCCCAGGUUUGAACAAGCAGACUCGGUUCUCCGUUGUAGACUCACCCUCUGCUUACAAUGCUAUUUUGGGACGACCUUGGUUGCAUGCAAUACGGGCCGUACCCUCCACAUAUCAUCAAAUCCUGCGCUAUCCCACUAAUAAUGGCGUUAGGGAAAUCCUGGGAGAUCAACACUCUUCUAGGAGUUGUUACAGGACCACCAUGAGGAGUAAGGGUGAAUCCUCUUAG